CAGUUUACAGUUUCCUGAACUAUCUUGACAACUGUCAAACACCAUAACCUUACUUUUUCGCAUGUUUUGAAAUCCACAAUGUUUUUCUAGUAGUUUUAAUAUUUUUGAGCGUGAUAAUGGGUCUUAAGUCGAGAAAACCGAAAGUUAAAAACGAGAAAAAGUCUCGUAAAGUGUUGCGUAAGGAGAAACGCAAAGAGAAGAAAAUAAAGAGGAAUGAUUAUUAUAGUAAGAAAAAUGUGAAAAUGGAGGAAAAUGAGGGUAAAAAUAACGAGAAGGCGUUGAAAAAUGAUGGGAAAGCAAAAAACGUGACCAAUAAAAACAGCCCAACAAAAAAUAACACCAGUAAUAAUAAGGGCUUAUCUGCAGAACAACAGCGUGCAAAAGAGAAAAAUCAGCAAAAAAAUUUGCAACGCGAAAUGACCAAACAACGUAAAAAACAAUUAUUAGAAGCUAAUGUUAUGGAAGAUAGGAACAUAAAAAAAUUGGAGAAACAAUUGAAAUUAAACAAAAGAAAGGGUAAAGGGGUUCCAAAGUCAUUUGAUACUGAUGGUUUAGGAUAUCUAUUAGAAGUAUGUGAUGGAGAUAACAUGAAAGGGGUGGCUGAAACUGAAAAAGAACUUAUGGAUGCAAAUGACGACUUUGAUGAAGAUUUUGCUUUAAUGACUGGAAAGGAGGUCGAAAAACCUAAGAAAAAUAAAAAAAAGAAUAAAAUGAAAAAUGAUGCUUUUAAGGAAAAUUCGGAAGAUGAGGAAUUGGAAAUAAAUGAAGAUGAUGAAGACAAUUCUGAUUUUGAAGCCCUGCUCAAUGAAGAUGAUGAGUCAGAUUUAGAUAUUGAGGAUUUUAGUGGAAAUGAUGAUGAUGAUGAUUUAAUGGGAGAAGAGGAAGAAAUUAAAGAACCAAAGUCUAAAAACAACAAUAAACGUAAACAUUCUGGGGAAAAAGCACCAAAAGACAAGAAAGUAAGAUUUACUGAAGACCCAGAAAGUUUUGAAGAAUCUGAAAGUUCAGAAAACGAAAAUGAAGAAUUGGAAGAAAAUUCAGACACUGAAGAGAAGAAAACAAACCCUGAUGGUACCUGGGAAGAUAUUUAUGGUAGACUAAGGGCUAAAGAUGGCUCAGUUGUAAUGACAAAUGAACAAAAAUACAUACCUCCAGCCAUAAGAGCCAAAAUGGAGGCUGGAAUGUCCGAAUCAGACAAAAAAAGAAAUGAAAAAUUGUCUAGACUAAGAAAACAAAUUAAAGGUCUUUUGAAUAGGUUGGCAGAAGGCAACAUGCACAACAUCGCAUCUCAAAUCGAGGAUCUUUACAUGAAUAACAGUAGAAACGAUAUGAAUGACACCCUAACCUCACUCAUCAUGGAAUCGCUGGUUUCCAAUGUUUUAACUCCAGAGAGGUUGAUGAUGGAGCAUGUUUUGCUUAUUGUAAUUUUACACGCCAAUGUCGGCACUGAAAUCGGUGCGCAUUUUUUACAAACCGUCGCCAGAAAAUUCGACGAGUACCACAAAAACGAUCACCCAGUAGAAAAUAAAUCGCUGGACAACAUAGUCAUCAUAAUUUCUCAAUUAUACAAUUUCAAAAUGUUCGACUCGAAAUUAGUUUACGAAGUUUUGGAAAAGCUAAGCGAUAAUUUCGAGGAAAAAGACGUCGAGUGCAUUUUACACGUUUUAAAAGCUGUCGGUUUUAACUUGAGAAAGGACGAUCCAAUCGCGUUAAAAAAUUUGAUUUUGAAGCUUCAAAAACAGGCCGCAAGCGCUACUGAAGCUACCAAGGAUAAUGCGAGAGUAAAGUUUAUGUUGGACAUUCUGCUGGCGAUAAAAAACAAUAACGUCACCAAAAUCCCGAAUUACGACACCACAUAUUCGGAACAUCUGAAAAAAAUCAUGAAAGGUUUUAUAAGAAAAGGAAACUACGUCACUCAAUUAAAUAUCACGUUGGAAGACUUGUUAAAAGCUGACGAAAGAGGGCGUUGGUGGGUGGUAGGCUCGGCGUGGUCGGGAAAUUUAACGGAAAAUGCGGAGAAAAGUCAAAAAGUGAAGACUGACGGUUUUUCCGAAAAAUUACUUGAGUUGGCUGCGAAACAAAGAAUGAAUACUGACACUAGAAGAAGUAUUUUUUGUAUUAUAAUGGCUGCUGAAGAUUAUUUGGAUGCCUUUGAAAAACUACUAAAAUUAGGACUUAAAAAUCAACAAGAACGUGAAAUCGUACACGUUAUUUUGCAUUGUUGUUUGCACGAAAAAAAUUACAAUCCCUACUACUCAGUUUUGGCUCAGAAGUUUUGCGAAUAUGACAGAAAGUAUCAGAUGACAAUUAAAUAUUCUGUAUGGCACAAACUUAAAGUUUUAAAUGAUCAUUCUGGUUCUCAAAUAUCGAAUUUGGCCAAACUGUUAACCCACCUGUUUAUAGAAAAAGGUCUGCCAAUAUCAACUUUGAAGAUUGUUCAAUUCUCUGAGCUAGAUAAAAUCACUCUGCGCUUCAUUCGCCAGAUUCUCCUCGGUAUUUUGCUCCACCACGAUCUCGAGUCUGUACAGGGCGUUUUCGAGAAAGUGGCUCAAUCUGAAAAACUAAAAAUGUUCAGGGAGAGCCUCAGGCUCUUCAUACACCACUUUCUAUUGAGAAACCUUAAGGCAGACACGAUAGGGGAAGUACAGAAAAGUUUAUUGGAAAGCAGAGCCAAAAUGGUGGAGAAGAUUUUAAUGGCCAAGGAAGGUAAAGUCAGGUUUUGAGGGUGUAAAUAAAUGAUGUUUUGUUAUGAAAUUUUGUGUUUUAUUUGGUUGUAUCUGUUUCUAGGUUUUAUAUGGGGC